AUGUCUUUGCGCAUGUGUUGUGUUUACAGUCCUUUAGUCUGUCUUGGGAAUAUUAAUUUUGCCCAAUCGAUGGAUAGGUGGCUCCUUUCUACGUUACUUCCCACACCUCUCAUCUUCUCAUCUUAUUACUUUUUUCAUUUUCCUUUUGGUGCUAGUCAGUUUAUCGAAUAUAUUAGGUUGAAUAUUAGAGUAAAAAAAAAAGGCUUUGGGUACAAAGGUAUUGAGGUACUGCAAACCACAGCUACCUGUACAUCUAAAUGCAUACCUAAAUGGAGGGCAAUAGGUCUCGACAAAAUGAUCGAACCGAAUACCCGGUAA